AUGCGACGCAUGUCUCCUGUUAUUUUGGGGGUGCGUGUUGCCUCUUUUGCCACGACGUCAGUGGCGCUUCUGCAGGCCAGGGCUGGCGGGGGCCUCACAGACGAGGAGCAGCGGGAGCUGGAGGAGGAAGAGUUUCGCGUCAUGGAUGCGGCACGUGAGGAGGCUGAACUUCUCCCUAUCGUCCAUCGACUUGCUGCGAAAGCGGAUGCGUUGGAUGCCGAGCUUCGUCGUCUGUCGUACGUUUUAUUUGAAAAGCCACAACUUGUCAUGGACACGCGUUCCGCGACGUUGACAGGACGUCCUACGAACAUUCUUACAGUGAUGCGGCGGUACAAUGCAGGCAGUAGGCAUACUAGUUGCCCAGCGGGGUGGGUAAAACCAUUGGGUUCUUCCUCAUGGAUUGUUCAGGCAUACAAGGGGGUGCAUUCUGCCGGGAUGCGUCUUUGUGGCCGCGCAAAGCAAGAGGAAUCGAAGCGGCCGGAUCAACUUGUGACUUUGACAGGAGAUUUGGACUACAUUCGCCGAAUGAAACAUCUCCACGCAUUGAAUUUUUACAGUCGAAUGAAUUUAACGCCAAAGCGUCACAUUGGGUUUUCUCUUUAUGCACUCCUGUGGAAUGUGGUGGUUGCGGUGCAGAAUGCGCUGGGUUGUGUCAUUUUCGGUGCGAUGCGUGGCGUGCGUGACGACGAAGCGUGUGUUGGCAUCAUCAAAGGAACCGCCAUUGGUAUUCUUCGUGCCUUGCAGUUCCUUGCAUACGGUCUUUUAGUUUCCCCAUGCAUUCACAUCCCAUGUGGACUCUGCAACAGUCUUUACGGUGUAUGGAAUGCGGUGUCGGGAACACUUUUCUUUGAAGUGAGUGCAGGACGAUGGCAGUACUCCACCGCCUUGGAUGCCACGUGGCUGCGUCACGAUAUCCAGUUGGAGCAGCGUGCAAUUCGCGGCGUUGGUCGUUUGGAGUUUCGCCGAAAGAACAUGAGGGCUGAAGAAAGAUGGCAACAACGUCUUGCCUCCAUGGGAUUUUCGUUUGACAAAAUCAAUCAAAAGAUGAGGCGAACGGGAGACACACGGCGUCCAUCGUCCGCUGCAUGGAAGGAAUGGGAACAUGCGGAAAGGGGUGGGGCGGAGGAGGACCCGUACGAAGUGCUUCAAGUGAAACGAACCGCCACACAGGCACAAAUUAAGGCACAGUACAAAAAUCUGGCGAAAGUCUUUCACCCGGAUGUGGUGCAAAGCCGUCAUGGUGGACCGCUUAGUGAAGAGGAGCGACGUGACGCCCAACGGAGAUUUGAAAACAUCUCACAGGCGUACCAAAUUUUAUCUAACCCCGAAAAACGCAAGUCGUUCGAUCUUGGCGGGGCACAAGCAUUACGGUUACAUGAAAGUAAAAUGGGACGUUUUAUGUCACGUACCCCGGAGGAAAUGAUUCAGAGUGUCUUUGGUGGGGAACCAUUUCGAGAAAAGAUACUCGGCUCUCUGCUACGGUCGCAUUGGCAUUUGCGGAACGAGGCGCAGGUAAGUGUUUCUUUGCAUGAGUUUGAAGAAUUACAGUGUCUGCGUUGCCGUGAGCUGACGGCGGAAUUGGCGCAGAUUCUUGAUGUGCACGCCAACUCUCUACCAGCAACAGGGUACCAGCCACGGGGCGGUGGGCACGGUCGGAGUGAAGUGCUGCACAGCUUGCUAAGCGAACUGGGCGGCAGCACGCCAAAGCCAAAAUCACGUACAUCAUCGCAGCGCAGCGCGAAAAAUAAUGCGACGACGGAGUCCAUGUUCGACUUAACUCCCGGAAGUAAUGAGUACAACUGUUUCUCAAGAGAUUUUGAAGAGCGUUGUGAGAGAUUUACUCGACGCCUGUCCGAGGCGUGUUUUGGUCGGGAGUUGAUGUAUGAGGCGGGGCAGUCUUAUGUCAUCUCCAGCCAACGCUUUCUCGGGAUUCGCCCGUUCUACGCUCCCAAGUUGCACGUGUACAAGAAAAUUUUUUCUGGUGUAGACCGUGUGUACGCGGCGUUCCGGGAGAAGAUUGAUGACCGUGCCAAAAAUAAUAAAGAGUGGCUUGCGCAGAAGGUGAUGAUUGAAUAUUUUAGCAUGGAGUUUGACGCCGUGGUGGCUGAUGUGAGCGUUAUUCUGCGUUACGCAGCACAAAAUGUAUUGCAGGACGUUACAUUGAACGAGGAGCAGCGUAGGCGUCGGUGUUAUGCCCUUUGGUAUCUGGGUGAGCAGAUGGUGCGAAAGGGAGCACCAUGGGUUGCCAUGUCACGGGACGAUGCGGAGUUGAUGGCGUACUUGCAGCAGGCCGCCAACUCCGCCUCUACGACGAGUAAACCGGAGCCGUUUUGA